CUAGCCCGCGAAAAAGAUAUUGAAAUUUGGACAACAAAUGUGACCAACAGUACCUUUACAAAAGUGACGUUUCAAAUUUCCCCACUAUGAAUAAUGACAACUCAUACAGUCUUUCAUGCAGAAAGUCCUGUAUUAAAUAUCUCCUCAAAGCAAAAGCGAUUGGCGCAAAUAUUCUUUGGUCCAUUUAGACGCUUCAAUCACAAUGGGAAGAAACGUCAGGAUAAACGUUUACCAGCUUCUAAAUCAACGGAUAAUGAAAGUAUUGAUUUAGAUGACAAAAAUGGUCCUAAAGUCGUACAGGUAUUCACCUGUUCCAGCAUAAAAUCAUGUCCUAAAAGCGAUUACCAACUAGGAAAGUGCUCUAUUCCAAUAGUUCAUCUUGAAUCACAUGUUAAUCAUGGCUAUACGACUUCUGUAACUCAACCCCACCUCACCGAAGCCCGUAAUUCUGUGACUAAAAUGAAUACUUAUGUGGAAAAGCAGAAUAUUGAUUCUUCUUCAAGUAUCAAUUCGAGCUUAAUAGCUCAAUCUUCACAACCUCUUAAAAACUUAGACAACAUAGAAAAUAAUAUCACAUGUCAACGAGUUACCAAUUCUCAAUUAACACCGGUUAGCCAGAACAGUUUAACUAGCAUUUCUGACAUAUCCAAUCAAACAUCGAUUAAUAAAUCGAAAAUAAAUGCAGUUUGUUAUAAUAAGAGCACUGUAAACACCUCAUCCAUUGCAAUGGUUAUGCCUACAUCUAAUUCAGAUUUUUAUUUGAUAGAACGCCUUGUGAACUGUGAGAAAUGUCCUAACCCUGUAUUUUCAUCAGAUUCUACCGAUAAUCUCCAGCACGACACAACGGUCUCGGAUCUUCAAGUUUUCUCCAGUGACACAAAACCUCGAAACUCAAUUUCAUGUAUGUCCCAAUCACCUGGUGAAUGCUCAGUAUACUCCCAAUCCUUUAUACAUUCUUUUAAAAAAGAUGAUAAUUUUCCGGGAUCUGACAAUUCUUCAGUUGAAACUUGCGUGACUCUCACUAAUUGCACUAAGGUGACUGAAUGUGAAAUCGAUAGUGUUUGUUCUUUAGAUCCGAUCAAAAUUAUUACGCCCAACCUCUCGCCAACUUUAUCAACUUCGAAAGUUACCUGUUUAUCACCAUCGCCAUCACCAAGUUCUGCUGACAAUACGAAGGUGACCGAGUCCCUGCCCAAUCGUAGUCAGACAUUGAAAUACUUAUCUAACCGUGCUUAUCCUUUUGGUAAAGAAUGUCGCUUCGUUUUCUACAGUCCUGCCGAUAGUGAUGAAGAAGAUGUUUACAAUCGAUGUUCACCCAAUCAAACUAUCACUUCACUUAUCAAGGCUCGCCAAGCACAUAAAGAUAUGUGGAUGAAGCGAGCUGAUCGUAUCAAUCGCUUUCUAGCCCGUAGACCUUGUCGUGAAGAUUUAAUUUCUCAAAAUAUAAUUCCCAGUACCACUUUGGAAGCACGUGCCGAGCUGCGAAUUGAUAUUGAAGCCUCACUUGAGCGUCGACUUAAUCAACGUCCUACAACUGAUGAACUGAAACAGAAAAAUAUCCUUCACGUGGAAACAGAAGAAAUGCGUAAUAAAAUCAAAGAAGAACGGAAGCUAAUUUUAACUCGCAAGCUAACAUUUCGACCAACCGUUGAAGAGCUGCGCCGGCGUAAAAUUAUCCGUUUUAAUGAUUAUGUUGAAGUUAGUGAAGCCGAUUCAUAUGAUCGCCGAGCCGAUAAACCAUGGACCCGUCUAACUUUACGCGAUAAAGCUGAUAUUAGAAAGGAGUUGAACGAAUUCAAAGCGACUGAAAUGGAUGUUCAUGCCGAGAGUCGCCGAUACACCCGAUAUCACAAACCAUAGGUACCCAUUUUCCAUAUCUACUGCAGAAUAAAUUUCGCAGGGACUUGGCAUGAUGUAAUAGUUCACCCCACAUAAACUCAAAUUAACAUUCAUAGUUCCUUUUGAAAACUGAAUCUAGAUUAUUUUUUACCAAAAUUGACCUAAACCUAGGUUGUUUUGAAACCAAACAGUUGUAUAUAACAAUUUUUUUACAUGAACUUGUUCACUUUUAUAGA